CUGAUUCAUUCGGGGCUGGAACUCGAACGCUGACGUCGGCUUCUGAGCCGGGCGCUGCCUCGCGCCUGAUUGGCGGGUCCUCGGGGCCGCCCUCCCCAGCGCACCACCCCUGGGUUCCCUCCUGGGUCCGCAGUGGAAACACUGCCCUCUCCCUUCUUGACCCCUAGCCCUUCUUCCCCUCCCUCCUUCCCUCCUGUCGCCGUCUUUUCUGGCGCCGCUGCUCCCGGAGGAGCCCCCGACACGGCGAUGGGUUCUCGGGCCUCCACGUUACUGCGGGACGAAGAGCUCGAGGAGAUCAAGAAGGAGACCGGCUUUUCCCACAGUCAAAUCACUCGCCUCUACAGCCGGUUCACCAGCCUGGACAAAGGAGAGAAUGGGACUCUCAGCCGGGAAGAUUUCCAGAGGAUUCCAGAACUUGCCAUCAACCCAUUGGGGGACCGGAUCAUCAAUGCCUUCUUUCCAGAGGGAGAGGACCAGGUAAACUUCCGUGGAUUCAUGCGAACUUUGGCUCAUUUCCGCCCCAUUGAGGAUAAUGAAAAGAGCAAAGAUGUGAAUGGACCCGAACCACUCAACAGCCGGAGCAACAAACUGCACUUUGCUUUUCGACUAUAUGAUUUGGAUAAAGAUGACAAGAUCUCCCGUGAUGAGCUGUUACAGGUGCUACGCAUGAUGGUCGGAGUAAAUAUCUCAGAUGAGCAGCUGGGCAGCAUCGCAGACAGGACCAUUCAGGAGGCUGAUCAGGAUGGGGACAGUGCCAUAUCUUUCACAGAAUUUGUUAAGGUUUUGGAGAAGGUGGAUGUAGAACAGAAAAUGAGCAUCCGAUUUCUUCACUAAAGGACGGAGACCAAACUGUUCCUUGAGGUCUAGUAUUUAAGAACUGGAACUUGAAAGUCCUCCUUCCACCAACCCCACCUCUCCCCCAUCAUUCCCUUUCUCCCUAAGUACUACUGCUGUUGCAUGACAACCCUGAAUAUGUUCUGUCAACACAAAUCUGCCUUUGAUGUAUAAACAGGGCAUUACAGAAUGGUACACCCAGUCUAUUUCUGUUCGGUAUUAUUCACUUGUUCUUCAUUUAUAAAUAUCAUCUUCCCCAUUCUGCUGCUGAAUGCCACACGUCCAUCCAGUCUGAGAAAGUGAGAGAGGGACUCAUGCCAAGAACAAGCCAGCAAAGCUCUUUCACUGGAUGUAGACUGUAGCCCUGCUGUCUUCCCUCCAGCGAGCCUGCCAGCAUGCUUUAUCCUUUUUAUAUGGCCGUUGCUUCCUUCUUCUGUGUCAUCCAAGAUACUGUUCACUUAGUCUGGCAGUCUUUCUGCUUUUCAUUAAGCCUCAAAAUCUCCUCUGUUUUACUUGGCAUCACAAGCUGUGCCCUAUAUAUGUAUUUCUGACUUGGCAGGAUAGUUCAGGGGUCUGGUAGUUUUUAUUUACCUUCACUAUUAAAUGAACCUCUGGGAUGUUGCCUUUCCAGGAGCUUUUUGGUAACCAACACUUCUCUCAGAAGUAUAAGAUCAUCCUCUGCACUCUGCUCUGUCAUCAAAGGGCUGCUGGGCAGAGAUACCCCUUCAUGAGAGGUGGUCUUGGUGAGAGGUGUGGAGUCAAGUCUUUUAGGUUGCUUGCCCACAUCACUCUACCUCUGGCCUCUGAUUCUCAACUUUGUACCUCUGUGGCUCCUCUUGUUAAUGCAGUGUUGACUGAUCAAAAAAUAGCAACACGCCUACAGGUUUGCUUAGUUUGGGGACACUGUUACCACCAGAAUGGCUGCUCUGACAAUAUGCCUGGGAACUUUCUCAUAGCUUUUUUUCACAAGGAGGCUGGGCACCCUGUAAAGCCUCAUGCAUUCACACCUUUGCAGCAUGGUUUGUGCCUCAGUGUUAUGUGCACUGGAAUGUUUUUCACUUCACAUUUCCAAGUAGAAAAAGUGUUACGAGCCAGGCAUGGUGGCUCACACCUGUAAUCCCAACACUUUGGGAGGCCGAG